AUGCCUGACGAGCGGCCGGAAUCGAUCAGUACGAUUGAGAGCACGGUCACGCGGCUGUUGAUUUAUACCAAGCAGCUACUUGAGUCGCUCACUCUAUGGUCUCGCAGCCAAGCGUCUGAGGAGGAUGUCAGCGAUGUCUAUGUCGCGCUCGGUAACGAAUUCAACGUCGCUUGCCGGUCGUUUAUGGAUGCCGGUAUCGAAGUCAUGGAUUUAGGUGAUGUGCCGCAGAUGCUCCGUGUUGUUCUAGAGCGCGCAUUGGCAGGUGAAGCCAGCGAAGACAAUCUCGAUCACUUUCUGCCUCAGAUCCGUGAAAUCAUUGUCAAUCUUCUGCGCCAGCUAAAGCACAAACAAAACCUGCUACGCCAUCGCGAAUAUCGUGGUCAUCGCAAUUCACAAGCUUCGAUAUCCUCUACCAAUUCGAGUCCAAGGAGAGCUUCUGCUGGUCGUGACUCUCAUAGUUCGAGUCGGAUUUCUGACAGCCCCAGUCGCGGAUCUCCUGCGCCCAGUGGCCCUUACAUCGGCCACCAGCCUCCCAAGGUUACUUCUGCACCCACAGCUAAGGCUGCACCCUCUCUGACGUCCGCACCGGCUCCUAAUGUUGCUACGUUUGCUCGCGAUCCACUGGCAGCUUUACAACGAAGUGAGGCGCUUGAACGAAGAGCUUCCAAGCGUUAUUCACAGUAUCAUAUGUCGAAAAUACCUGGGGGCCCAGUUCCAACUACCCCAGUUGCUGGCGAGCAAGCUUUGUUGCCCACCUCAACCCCGCACAGAUCUGUGCCUGCUGAGUUCACCGAUGCCACAACUGUUGUUGACGAAGUACGCAAAAAUAAGCAUCUGGAUUCUGUUCCAGAGAUGCCACAGGAGCCUUCGGAGGCUCGUCGUCAAAGUGUUAAAGACAUAUCUGCACCGCAGAGCCCGGCAAAGGGCUCGAUGUCAUCUGCUUCAAUUGAACCCACCCCGCAGCCCGAAACUGGUGAUAAAGAACUAGAUCACAAAGAGCCUGAAGCGCCUGAAAAGGCGCAAGAGCCAGUAGUAUCUAAACUUGUUACUGUUUUUCUCAGAAUGGGUCAGCGCGUCCGGAAGGCUGAGCUCGAACCACCACCUUCAUUGGCAGCAAUUCGCCUCAAGUUUGUUGAAACAUUCUCAUUCAACCCGAGCGGCGGCGAAAUGUUCCCUGAAAUGCUAAUCCAGGAUCAUAAAACUGGUGUUGAAUAUGAACUUAAUGAGGGCACGGUCGGAGACGUUACCGAGGGCUCCCUUAUCACAUUGUUGGCUAAAACGCAGCAAGAGUCUUCCUUGGAGAAGCAAGUUGCUAACCUUGGUGACAUGAUGCGCGAAUUGAUGGUCCGUAUGGAUGGUCCAUCCGGUAGAUCAGCCUCAAUUCCCAAACCUGGUCCAUCAAGAGCUAGUCCAGCGAUGGCAGGCUCACCAUUUGUGACCCAGACUACAUGGAAGACCAAGGCACCCUUGAACAACGUUGAAUUGCUUCGCCAAGAUGUUGCUGUCGUCCGCCAAAUUUCCAGCGAAACCAUCACUAACCUCAAAGAAGAGUUGAAAACUCUAAAAGAGCAGGCACACCAACUGCAAAAUGCCCAACCAGGCACGCAGCGAGACUUUAUGGUUCAAUCUCGCAAGAAGCUUAGCGAGGAUGGUAAUCAACUACUUACUUGGAUUGAUGAUUUGCAAGACAUUGUCGAAGGGCAGCGCAAAGACGUUGCUUCCCGUGGUGUACGUCUUUCACCCAAGCAAUUGGAGCAGGUCUCCAAGGAGCUGCUGAGGGCUCAAAGUGAGCUUUCCACGAUGUCUUCUUACAUGAACCGUGAAAAGCCUCGGUGGCGGCGAACCUGGGAACAAGAGCUCAACACUGUUGUGGAAGAGCAGGAAUUUUUCCAGCUUCAAGAGAAUCUUGUUAAUGACAUGCUGUCGGAUCUAGCCAAAACUCGUGAAACAUUCGAGCUGGUCGAGCAAUGCAGUCAUGAAAUGGCUCGUAGCGACAUCAAGCGAAACCCCAUCCUCCCCCCUCCGGCGCCUGAGGGUCCUGUGGAAGCAAUGCGCCGUGUUCACGGUGAGGUUGCUGCUUUGAAACCCGACCAUGAUAGCAGGGUUCAAGCUAUUGAACGGGCUGAGCGGUUGCGGAAACGUGAGCUUGCCCUGCGAAACGGAGAAUUUGAGCAAGAGCUCGGCGACUAUGUCCACGACAACAAACUGAAUAAGAUUGGCGGAAUUGAAGAAACCGAGCGCCGUAGACAGGAAAGGGAUGAGAAGACGCGUGCAGAGGCGGUCAAGUCGGAGCAGGAAGCCCAAGAACAAAUGAAGAAGAUCAAGGAGGAGAGGGCCAAAGCUCGUGCGAAAGCAAAGGAAGCUUCAACUAAGGACGUAGAGCCAUCUGGUGAGAGUGAGUCUCAAGCUGAAGCCAACGGUGAAGCCGAAGCUGACGAGAGUGGUGAGUCUGAAGAUGAGUCUGACUCGGAGUCUGACUCGGAAUCAGAGCACUCGAAUUAUGAAUCUGGACAUUCUGAUUAA